CUUUGCUCAUUGCUGUUUCACACUCCUUGCUCUUACUUCUCUGGCGGCAAAAAUUGGACAUCUUUUGCCGAAUUCGGCGGCAACACCGUUAGUUACAUAGCUGAGGAGUAACGCACUACUCUGUGAGUUGGUUUCUAUUGUAGCAUAGUAGAAGAUAUGCCGAAAGAGCUUCCUGGAUUUUACUAUGAUGCGGAGAAGAACAGAUAUUUCCCUAUUAAGGGUCCAAUUCCUGGCUCUUCUAAGAAACGAAAAUCCCCUCCACCACCUAUUCCCUCCAAUAAGGAGAAAGACAAAGGGAAAUGCACGAAAUUGAGGAGCAAUAAAUUACUCAAUGUUAGGGAGUUGUGUGGUAAAGUCAUUCCAUCCAGAAAAGGAAAAUUGAAUUUUCAAAUGGAAUUCCUGAAGAAGCAAGUAUCAUGCCCUCUAAUUUCGAAGUAUGAUGGGACUCAAAGAGUAGUUGACAGUGCAUUGGAGAACUCGACUGUUGAUAUAAAUAUGCCAGAGGGCCUGCUGGAAACUGAUAUACUGUUGACAGGUGGCAUGAAUGGCUCAUUGUGUAUAUUUGAAGUUGGAAAGGUUGAACAAGAAUUUAAUCAAGGAGUAAAAUGCUUGCCAGAUCGUGUUUGGCCUCUCACUGUCGGAUACCGAGAAGGGUACUGCGACUCACCAGGACAUCUCUGGAGACCUCAAGGAGCUUUUGUACAUAUGCCAUCAAAUAUAUCUUGUAUAAAGACGUCUCAAAAGCAUCGGGCAUCCGUUAGUGAAACUUCUUUAAAACAUGUCCUUAUAACAACUCUGGGAGCUGAAUCAUCUGGUGGAGCAGUCUACAUUCUGAACCUCAGUGAACCACUAGAUUUUAGUUCAAGCAUACCAACUUUUAGAAGAAGAAUUUCUAUGAUUACAUCGUUUGAGCAUACAGUUUGGGCAGCAGAUUGUAGUCAUGAUCAGAAACGAGCAGUAGUAGGAACCAAUAGAGGAGCUGGAAUGUUGGACAUAGAAACAGGAGUGAAAUCCUGGGUUUGUCGGUCUAAAAGCGACAUUUUCUCCAUACAAUUUGAUAAUUCGGAAAAUGUUGUUUUAUGUGGGCUAAGAAAUGGAACAAUUUUGGCCAUCGACACCCGUCAAAAACCAGGAGAUUUUUCUGGUAGACUUUCUCUAAAUAGAAUUCCGUGCCAUCGUGAUGGGCAUUCUAGUAGGGUUAAAAGUGCUGCUAGAGAUUCCUUCCAGAUCAAAGGGAAGAUGCACAACACAAUAUCUAUGCCUUCAUCUGUCUGUUGUUUGGUACCUUUGGAACUUUAUGAUCAAUGUUUCCUGGCAAGCUCUAUGGAUGGAUCGAUAAAGCUUUAUGAUCAUCGUCUAAUGAGGGGAGCCAUCCAAUCUUAUGAGGGAAAUAACAAUUCUCAUAGUCGAAUACAGCUUGGAGUUGACCCAUCAGAAACAAUUGUCAUGUCAGGUGGAGAGGACUAUCAAUUGCGGCUAUGGAGUAUGAAAUCUGGCGAAUUACUAUUCGAAGAUAAAUUCAUGGAUACGAUCCCCACAGUUGUACGCUGGCCAAAAACUGAAGGAGUGGGGAAACAUAUGCAAGGUGCAUGGCUUGGAUCUGAAGAAGGGUUGUUUUUCAUGGACUGGCCUUGAGGCUUGUGUUCUUGGUGAUUUCUUACUUGGAGUAUCUAGAACUUUGCACAUACGUCUAUCACCUGAAGAUGAAUUGAUACAGACAGACAGUAGGCUUCGUCGGCAUUAAUGAAAUCGAGUUUAGGUGAAACUAGGAGCUGAGACUGAAAAUCUUGGCUUGCCUCAAAGAGCUUCUUCCUUCCGAUAUUAUGGAACUUACAGAAGAGUAGCCCUCUAGAACUGAAAUAUCCAGGAUUGUAGGUUUCAACUGAAACAGAGUGUUGUCGAAUUUGUUUAUUAGAUUUAUUUUAUUUUAGUUGCUUUGGCUGAUUAUAUAUCUUCUGGUAUUUUAUGACCUGAAGCAUUGUUUAUAUUGUUGGCUUGUCAAGCAUAGGCAGCUUAGCGUUCA